GCGACCUUAACGUUGCUCACACGAUGAAUGGACACGUGAAAGAAAUCGAUUUGUUAUUAAAUUUAUCUGGAAGGAGCGGACUGUGAUCUUUGCACACUUAUAUAAUAUUAGGAUAGUCCAGCGCUGUUCUGUUUGAUAAAGUCGUGUUCAACGUGGCGAAUUUUAAAAUAGUUACUGCUUGGUUUAAACUACGAAAGUGUUGUGACGAGAAAUUCAAUACUACUUGUGUGUUGUGUAAAUGAAAUAACUAGACGGUAUGUAGUGUGUACUAUCAGGUAGUGUUCGGGUUUAAAAUAAGGCUUCAUCAAGCUGUAAAUGUCAUCGUCAAACGGUAUGUAAACACUGGGCUCGAAACAUUGUACACAACGUAUACAGUGCGGUAGAAAUAAAUUACGCGAAAAAAGCACGUCUUCAAGUUUGUUUUGCAUACGUAGAUCGGGCAUCAACACCGUAAUACGUAAGCAGGAUAUAUACAGUUAUCUGCACUUUAUUUAAAAGUGCAUUGCGUUUUAGGAACACAGUUCAAUUCAAGGGACACUGACAAUGAAGAUCGCGUUAUUAGGUGCCACAGGACCCUCGGGUCUACAGGUAGUGAAAGAGGCUCUAGCACGGGGCCACACCGUCACCGCGCUGGUUCGAAACCCCGAGAAGUUGACUGAGAAACAUGAAAAACUUAAAGUGGUGAAAGCGAACAUCUACAACGCUGACGACAUGGCGCCACACUUUGAGGGUCAGGACGCGGUUCUCUCAUGUCUCGGAACCACUCCGAGCUGGUUUAGCUUAUGGACGAUCACAUUCUACACUGAUACCGCCAAACCCAUCGUAGAGGCCUUGCGCAAGGCCAAUGUCACGCGACUGGUGUUCAUGACGUCAUGGUACACGAAAUACGACAGAAGCGACCCAUUCAUCAUCAACUGGGUACUGAAGCCGCUGUUCCUGGGUCCGACCCUUCACAACAUGGGUCAGAUGGAGGACUAUUUUGACCAGGAGUGCGCCGACAUCGCGUACACGUCCGUUCGGCCGCCCCAACUGGUCGACACUGACACGUCAGGAAAACCUGUGCUUGCCGAGGUGGCUCAGAGCAUUCGAUCACCAGGGAAACGGUUCGUGUGUUGUCGACGAGAUGUCGCGAGAUUCAUGUUGGACGCUGCGGAAAAGCGCGAGUAUAUCCGAAAAUGUGUCGCCAUAGCAUCCGGGUGAGGUGGAAGAAUCUAGUCUUCACCUUUAAAAAUUUAAAGUGUAAAACCGAGAAUUUGCUCUCUUCAGAGGAUAUAUGGUUGCGCUAUGAAAUAGCAGAGAACCCAAAUGAUCAAUGAUUAUAUUAUAAUAUUAUUCUAUGGACUGGGUUUCGUGAACCUUGUAAAAUUGAGAAUGUGCUUGACAUACAGUCGAACUUCAUUUAAUAUGUAUUUUACAUAAAUAUAUUUAAAAGUGUACACGCAUUUGUGUUUUGCCUCUGUCGCAAAAUAAGUCAGUUAUAAUCGCCAUGUGUGCGUUGACAUGUUUGUACUAGAAAUAAUCACGCAUUAUUCAAAACGAUUUCACUGAAUGUAGUUUGACUGUUGUUAAUGUACUCAAAGUUGUCUCUGUUAAUUUUUAAACCUAAAUAUCAUUUAUUUACACCAAUAAUAAAAUGGACAACGGUCGAAUGAUA